UUUCUUGUCAGGGAGAUCCUUGCUGUGCUGCUACCCUUGCGAGUACCACCAAGCAAAACAAGGCUCGUACCGCGCCUUAUCCUCCCAACACAACCUACGCUCAUCGCGCCGCGCUCCAGCACCGUGAGCAUGGCGUUGCACUGCGCUGCCGCCGUCAGCGUCUCGCCGUCCACCGGCCAGUGCCUCCUGCAUCGUCAACACCACCGCCGGUGUGCUGUGCCAAGGCCACGGUUCCGGCCGCAGCCACGCGGCCUGACAACCACCGGUGGCCCUGCCCGGUGGGCGUGCGGCGCCAGGAGGCGGGUGAGGUACGAGGAAGAGGAUGAGGACGAGGAGGAGUACGGGCACAACGAGGAGAUGGCGCGGCUGGAGGCCUACAGCGAGGGAGCGCGCGACGUGGCCCUCCUGGUCACGGCCGCCGUCGACGGCGAGCUCGAGCCCGUGCUCGUCUUCAAGGGCUUCUCGUCGAGCCUGAGCGGGAGGACGGCGCCGGACCCGGCCAUGAGCGUGCUCCCGGAGAGGGCCGUCAUACAGCGCGUCGACGUGGUCAAGGGGCCGUUCGACCCCAGCAACAUCGAAUACCUCGAGAAGGAUCUGCCAUGGGAAGAAUUCAAGAGCCGCCUCCAAUAGCAAAACAUGUAAUAGAAUUGUACUGUAGACAGGUUGUGAAUCUUCUGCUGUUUGUGACCAAUCAGUUCAAUUGGAGAUCAAGGCAUGAAAAA